UCCUACAACCUCUAGAUCUAUUUUUGAACCAAAGGUAACUAGUCCCAGGUGUUCUUCUUUGGAACCCACUUAAAAACAAUUUUUUUCCUGAAGUCGCGGUCCAUUAGCGCCGAUUAUAGAGAACCCACUGCUUUUAUCGCCCAUCCAAACCCACCAGUUUUGUCACCUAUCGCCUCUAAAAUCUCCACUACUCCUUAAACCCCCAAAGUCGAAUCAAUCUUCAUCUUUCCUUUUUUUCUUCUCAAUUCCCAUACAAUACCUAAUUUUUCCAUCAAUCAAAUUGUACUUACCAAAAUAAACCCCAAAUUCACACCGUCAAUCACUAUAAAUCAUCCUUUCGUAUACAACUAAAACUAAUAUCCAUUUGGGGUUUAGGCAAGGUGUUUCUUGAAUCCCAUUAAACCCUAAAGCUCACACCUUUUUCACUUUCUAUGGAAACCCUUUUCAAUAUCACUUCAAAUUCAUUGUUUUCAUUACUUAAAACCCAUAAGGAUUCAACCUUUUUGCCAUUUUCUCUACUUUCAUCGAAAUCCAACAACCGGGUAUCUUUUAAAAUCCAAGAUUUUCAGACUUUUGUAGCUCCAAGAAAGAGAAUCUUGAAGUGUAUAAGUAGUGAUGAACGAAUGGUAAAAACUUCUGAUGAAAAAGCUGGUUUGAAGAAGAAAAAUCUUGCUGUUUUUGUUUCGGGUGGCGGGUCAAAUUUCCGGGCUGUUCAUCAGGCUAUUCUUAGUGGUGAUGUUCAUGGGCAGUUUGUUGUUUUGGUCACUAACAAGCAUGAUUGUGGGGGUGCACAAUAUGCAAGAGAGAAAGGGAUCCCAGUUAUAGUAUAUCCCGGUAAAAAAGGCGAACCACAAGCUCUGUCUUCGGAUGACCUUGUAGCUGCUCUAAGUCAGUACGAGAUUGACUUUAUUCUUCUAGCUGGAUAUUUGAAGCUUAUACCUUCUGAGUUAAUUCAAGCUUAUCCAAAGUCAAUCUUGAAUAUUCAUCCUUCACUUCUUCCCGCAUUUGGAGGCAAAGGGUAUUAUGGUACAAAGGUGCAUAAAGCUGUUAUUGCUUCUGGAGCUAGAUACUCGGGACCCACAAUCCAUUUUGUUGAUGAGAAUUAUGAUACGGGAAGAAUUCUAGCUCAAAGAGUAGUUCCUGUGCUUGCUAAUGACACUGCCGAAGAACUUGCAGCAAGGGUUCUUCGCCAGGAACAUAAAAUGUAUGCAGAGGUAGCAGCUGCAGUAUGCGAAGAGCGUGUGGUUUGGAGGGAAGAUGGCGUUCCCGUUAUAAGAAGUAAAGCUAACCCUGAUCAUUAUAGCUGACAUGGACGUUCUUCCAAACCAGAGGUGAAUGGAGACUAAUAUGCUUUCAUGUUGACCACAUCUAACUCAAAACUAGUUUACUUCUUUUUGCCAUAGUUUUGUGUUUCUGUGCACUUUGUGGAGAUUGUAGUUGUUAGUAAGAAAUUAGUUUUUGAAAGGAGUCAUGAUUUCUUAUGGUAUUCAUAAAGAUCUUGAAAGGAAUUCAUAUUUGUUGCACUACAAAGAUCACUAACUUUGGAUAAGCCUGGCCAAUUUCUAUGUUGCAACUUUGCAAGUGGUUAUGGACAAAUCUUCUCUAUGGUCAAUGCUACCAGAUCACAUUAUGAGUUUUUGGUUUAUGAAGUUUAUGUGUUCUGAGUAAUUAUGUAAUAUGAGAUAAAAUUUUGCAUACA